AUGGCGUCGGUGGUGCAGCUUGCGGACGAGGUGCUGGUGGGCGUGCUGAGCUGGCUUUCGGCGGACGGCCUGGUGCUCUCGCGUCAGGUGUGCCAGGACUGGCUACGCGUGGCCGACGACGACCUCCUCUGGCGCCCCCUCGUCACCUCCGUGCUGCCCAAGGACGAGGCGUGGGCGGCCCAGCUGGGCGGCCGGGCGGGUGGCGUGGCCUCUACAUUUUCAAGCAUCGCUUCGACCAGUACUGGGACCACCAGG